GUACGGUCCCCUCUCUCUAUUUUUGGCUCUCUCCUUCUCAGCUUCUCAACCCCUUUUCUCACUCUUUCAUGCCUGAAUCUUGCAGCAACAGUCUUCACUUUUAACUUGUUAGCUCUCUUCCUCUGCUGUUCUUUUCCAUUGUAAGCUGUCUACCCUUUUCUCCAAUCUAUUAAUACAGCUUACUUUUGUACAAUUCUGUUAAGAAGUUAAAUGGUUUUUGUGUGCUCCACACUGUACAAAUGAAAAAGGUUCCUACUUUAAGGUUCCUGAUUUAGCAUCUCUCUAUAUUUUGUUUCUUUUUUAUUUUUCCUGGCAUGUUCUUUGCUUAAAAAUUGAAUCUUUGAUAACUCCCUUCUGGAUUCAGCUUUUCUUUUUGCACCCUCUGUCUUUCUCCAAGCAGGGUACUACCCAGAAAGCUGAAGGUAUUAGUUGUUCACUUGAAGCAAUAUAAACCCCUUCAAUUCUAAUCAUCCCCAAAUACCUGCCAUUUUUCUUUUUCUUGUGUAUUUUGAAGUGGAUUUGAUCGGGAGGAAGAUUGUGAGGUGGGGGUUUUUAAUUCAUUGCUUAUUGGAAAUUUGAGCUGUUAGGUUUGAAAUUUGGUCAUUUCUGUAUUGUUCAUUUGGUACCUACUCUAUAUACUUGUAUAUUAAUCAAUCUACUAAUAGCUUCUUCUUCUUGUUGUCUAUCUUUAUCCGUUUUUUAAUUUUUGGGAUACUUUAGUUGAUCAAUCCAUUUUGCCUCCCUUUUGGAACAUCCCAAUUCGAGAGACAUGAUUUUUGUGAAUAUGUAUCCUCACCAUUAGGCCUGUGUUUUGUGCUUUAAGUUUAGUAUAAGAGAAAGCUGUGUUUCAUUGAGGAGAUGAAGCCGAUGGUUUGAUUCUUUACAUUUGUUGGCUGUGAUAAGAUUGGAAAAGUUGGGCCUCUGUAUUGGAGGAUAAUUAUAUAUAUAUAUAUAUAUAACUUGUUUUUGAAUUUUUGUAAAGAGCAAUACCUGAAUAUGAGAAAAAAUGCUAGUUCACAUUCAGGGAGGAUGUUUAGUGACAGGAGGUGGAAAAUUCCAUUCUUUGUGAGUUUGCUUGUGUCCGUUACCUUGUUCACGGUGACAAUAUUUGGCUUCUAUUCGUCAUCUUAUGCUGUGGAUCAGUUGCAAGUUGAUAUCAUCUCAUUUGCUAAAGAAGAGGAUUCCAGUGAUUUUUUCAUAGAAUAUGAUUUAAGAAGGUCACUUGGAUCAAAUGGGGAUCACAACCUAGAGCCACCAAGAUUUGCCUAUCUUAUAUCAGGUACAAAGGGUGAUAGUGAAAGGAUGUUGAGGACAUUGGAUGCUGUCUAUCAUCCCCGAAAUCAGUAUAUUCUGCAUAUGGAUCUUGAAGCUCCACCUCGAGAGAGGUUGGAUUUGACGAUUUCAGUGAAGAAUGAUCCUACCUUCCAAGAAGUUGAUAAUGUCCGUGUUAUGGCACAAUCGAAUUUGGUGACAUAUAAGGGACCUACAAUGAUUGCCUCUACCCUUCAGGCUAUUGCAAUUUUAUUGAAGGAGAGUAAGAACUGGGACUGGUUUAUAAAUCUGAGUGCUUCAGAUUAUCCUCUAGUGACUCAAGAUGAUAUGCUUCAUGUGUUCUCUAAUUUGUCCCGAAAUCUCAAUUUCAUUGAACAUACACAGCUUCGUGGCUGGAAAUUGAACCAAAGAGCAAAACCUAUCAUCAUUGAUCCAGGUCUUUACUUAUCAAAGAAAUCUGACAUUGCUACAACAACUCAACGUCGAUCACUACCAACAUCUUUUAAGCUGUUUACUGGUUCAGCAUGGGUGAUAUUAACCAGGUCAUUUGUAGAAUACUGCAUCUGGGGUUGGGAUAAUUUUCCCCGGACCAUCCUCAUGUACUACGCCAAUUUCGUCUCAUCUCCAGAAGGCUAUUUCCAUACAGUUAUUUGCAAUACUGAAGAGUUUCGCAGCACUGCAAUCGGCCACGAUCUCCAUUACAUUGCCUGGGACACCCCUCCCAAGCAGCACCCUAAAUCAUUGACCAUUAAGGAUUUCAGACAAAUGGUAAACAGCAGUGCACCAUUCGCCAGAAAGUUCCACAAAGACGAUCCAGUUCUAGACAAAAUUGAUAAAGAGCUGCUUGGCCGUAAGAAUCGUUUCGCACCCGGCGCAUGGUGCAUUGGAAGCUCAGAAGGUGAGGCUGAUCCAUGCACAUUCAGGGGUGAUAAUUCGGUGUUUAGGCCCGGACCUGGUGCCAAGAGGUUGGAGGAACUAAUGAAAAAUAUCUCAUCCGAAGAUUUUCGAAGCAAACAGUGUCAAUCUCAGAGCUGAGAGUGCAAAAUGGUGUUAUCUGUUUCUGUAUUCGACGCAAAGAUAAUUGAAUAGGUCAGAAACCAGCUGCCAGAAGAUAGUGGCUGCUGUGCGAGAAGCUGUUUGCAAUUUUUGGAGCAAGUGGUAUUCUCUCAAAGAUGAGAGUUAGUGUAACCCAAGUGUAAAUUGGCGCAAUGAACAUCUUUAGAUUGUCAAGGCAAAAAAUUUUGGGUCUC